AGGAUCUUCCAGAAGCUACAGCGGCGGAAAGCAUUCCAGCCUUCAAGCCUCGAUGGUGCCAAAAAGCUGUCAACUAACAGCAUGCCGUGGAUUGGUGUAACGAAUGCGUCAUAUUUUAACCUAUCAACAACUGCCUUUUGGAUAGGGGCUUGCUAGUUUAUGAGGAAUAUGGAGCGACUUCGAGCCAACAAUGGCACUGGGCGUGUUAAAACGACGAACUCCAUUUCGUUCUUGAAUCCAAGAGGAACAUCACUAUUCUACCCAAGGGAUAGAAAAAGCGAAUCUAGAUUCUACGAAUGCGGAAACUCCAUGACGGCAGCUUCACAAGGAGACGUUUACCUCAAACGAGACGCAUGCACGACAAUGCUUUCCCACUCUUUCCAGCUCUAGACGGACGCACGUCAUUCCCUGAAACGAAAGCCGACCUCGUUUGCCGGAUGAAAGAUCUGGCUGCCCCACACGGAAGCUAUAUUCAACACCCUGAAGUGGAUCUCAACAAACCAUGCGAGUUCACAUGUAUUGAUGAGCGGUCGAUGGCAAAGUACUCAGUACCAUGCUCUUCGCUGUCUUUCUCCCAAGGAGCAGGGAGACUAUCUCCCACAGCUUGAAUGGCAUGCGUAUACAUGAUCAUCGCAUGGGAAAGACGCGCUUCUUUAGGCUGGUGAUAACGUUUUCGUGUAAGAGCUGAUAUUGAAAGACGCGGAUGAAGGUUCAGGGUGGGUCAUUGCCAUGAUUGUCCGGAGACUGGAGAAUACAUGUGAUUUGGUUUUUUGUGGUACGGUAGAGCUUGAGAAGCCGGUAGCGAUUAUGAGUUUGCAGUUUCAUAAGAUGCUGCACAUGCAUGAGGAUCGGGUUGUUGGGAGGUGUUCAGAAAUGAAGCUUAGAGAAAAAGAGGCGUUGGAGCCGCUUUGAGAAUGCUUUUAUUAGGCUAUGUCACGUUCUUUGUUGUUAGCUAUUGGGCUCAUUUCGGACCUGAAAGUUAUUUGGUAUUUAUUCUCUUGAAGAUUUUAUUACAAUUAUGCUCUGAUACUGACCAACCUGUUGUGAAAAAUUGGCAAGCGAGUUCAAUACUUUGAACAAGAUACAUAAUAGGCAUUCGAGAAGAUUUCCAACAUGAAAAUUGCCAGCACUUGCUUAGUGCACUAAUAAGAGAGGAAGUUGACUGCGUCGAGGCGGAAUGUCCUCACCUGUCAUACACGAUCCCCCUCAUAGAGGCGACGAUUCGUGGGGCUGUUGAUCUCUUGCGAAUCAUGACUCGCGUACCCCGCGUUUGGUAGUGACGACUUCACUUUUCUCACCAGUGCCAGGCUCUCAUCUACAUAUUUAACACCACUUCCUCCCCUGCUGCGACCAAGUUGUCAUUUGAAAAUCAACCAUGAACCUUUUUUGAGCUGGGGACUGGAUCCUACCUUACAUACCCUUUCUGAUGUAUAUAUAUAUAUAUAUAUAUAUAUAUAUUGUUGAGCGUUCUUGGCGCAUUUCCGAAGCUGACAGUCCUUUUGCUGUCAUCCGCCGUUCAUUUUGACUUUCAUGUCCGUUUCAUGGCAUAGGGUUCGAGUGUUCAUCACUAUUUUCUCUUUUGUAUCAAUCCGCCGUCCUUUGCACCAUGACCGCUCUUCCACCUUUCGUAUCUCCUGUCGACGUCCUUGUCAUUGGCAGCGGCAAUGCUGGUUUUACAGCUGCAACACAAGCAGCCGAAGCUGGUGUACAACGUGUUGUUCUCAUCGACAAAUGUCCUGAAGAAUGGGCUGGCGGGAACAGCUACUUCACAGCCGGUGCUUUUCGAACCGUCCACGCCGGAAAAUCUGAUCUUCUGCCCUUAGUCAACAAUGUCGAUUCCUCAACGGCCUCACUCAUCGACCUAGAGCCAUACACAGCAGCCGACUUCCGCGCCGACAUGGACCGCAUAACCUCAGGACGGACAGACCCCUCACUCAGCGAAGUCCUGAUCUCCGAAUCGAACUCCGCUGUCAAAUGGCUUGCCAAACAAGGAAUCCGCUUCCAGCUCUCAUUCAAUCGACAAGCCUACGAAGUUAAUGGCCGCUUCAAGUUUUGGGGCGGCAUGUGCCUGAAAACCGAGGAGGGAGGGAAAGGUCUCAUCCGAGACCACCAAAAUGCUGCUCUACGUCAGGGCAUUGAAAUCUACUACUCCACAGCAGCAAAACGCAUCAUUACAGAUCCCGCAAAUGGCUCGGUAUCAGGCGUCGUCGUCGAGGUCGACAGUAUCGACACACUCAUUGAAGCAAAAGCAGUGAUUCUUGCUGCUGGAGGCUUCGAAGCCAAUCCUCGCAUGCGCUCUCAAUACCUCGGGCCAGGCUGGGAUCUCGCGCGCGUCCGCGGUACACCAUUCAACACCGGCGAAGUCCUCGAGUUCGCCAUCCGAGACGUCAAUGCCAAACAAGAGGGCAACUGGUCAGGCUGCCACAGUACCUGCUGGGACGCCAAUGCGCCAGCCAACUCUGGAGACCGCGAGAUCUCCAACGAGUUCACGAAGAGUGGGUAUCCGCUUGGUCUGAUGCUGAAUAUUCGCGGGGAGAGGUUCGUCGAUGAGGGUGUUGAUUUGCGGAACUUUACGUAUGCGAAGUUUGGAAGGGCGAUUCAUGGGCAGCCUGAAGGGGUGGCGUUUCAGGUUUGGGAUCAGAGGGCGAUUUCGUGGCUGAGGGAUGAGGAGUAUAGGGAUGCGGUGGUGGAGAAGAUUUGGGGUGAGACGCUGGAGAAGUUAGCGGAAAACUGCGUGAAGAAGGGACUUGAGAAUCCAGCGAGGUUCGUGGAGACGGUGAAGGAGUAUAAUGCUGCUGUUGAAUCUGCGGAAAAGGAAAGACCAACAGCUAUGAAAUGGAAUCCUGCUGUCAAAGACGGGCUGUCAACUCAGAGCUCGAAGGUGAAGCUUGCAUUACCGAAGUCAAAUUGGGCACUUCCUGUCAGUCGAGGCCCAUUCAUGGUCGUCAAGGUGUGUUGUGGAAUCACAUUCACGUUUGGAGGGCUCGCGAUAAAUCCAACGAGCACGGCUGUUAUCUCGCAGUCUGGCAAGGAGGUCAAGGGCCUCUUUUGCGUGGGGGAGAUGGUUGGAGGGCUCUUCUAUGGAAAUUAUCCUGGAGGGAGCGGCUUGACCAGUGGUGCUGUGUUUGGACGAAGAGCAGGGAUGGCGGCGGCGAGGUUGGUGGGUGCUAGCAGAGCACCAUCGCGGCUGUAGUAGGCUUGGAAAGCUAGUGAUAAGUACUGCGAAGCAUCUAGAGCAGACGAUUGCAUGGGAAAAUGAUGAGACAAAUGGCUGGUACUCAGAAUAGGUAGUGACCCCCGAGUUGACCUGCACUCGCUUCACACAUCUGUUCAUGAUGAGUUUCAGAACUCGACAAGAUUCGCAUCACCCAGAUUCAAUAUUAAUGUUAAAGCAGGUUGCUUCGUACAUAGCCAGCUCGAAGUCUAGUGAUUGGACAACGCAUUGAUCUCGCCCAGCGGACUCACUGAAGAGGUGGCUCUCGAAGGCAGUUCAGGUGGUGUUGUUCGUAGCGCAUGUUGGAUUUGUUGACUUCCAUUUCCAACUUGAGAUGAAGAAAGUGGAUCAGAUGCACUGGACCCUCAUAAAAUAAGGUUAAGGUUUAGCGCAUGGUCGGUGCAUCCAUAGCGCGUUUAGUGAUUCGCGUCAGCGCGUCUGCCCUGAAAUUUAUCUUCAACACCAGAG